AUGGAGAUUACUAUACAUUCAUUUAAUUCUUCCAGCUCAUGUUGUGAAACUUUAACUUCAUCAUUAUUAUUGGUAAAUGAUAAUGAUAAUGCUGACGUUCCGCAAUAUGAACUUGAAAAAUUAACUAAGUGUAAUGGUGAUUACAGACUGGCCAAAUUAGGUGAUACUUUACGAGAAGAAGAGAGUGGGUCAUGGUUUGGAUGGUGA